AUGGAAGGAAACCAUUUACAUCGAUACUCAAAAGUGCUCGAAGGUCAUCUUGGUACAGCAAGGUCAAGGAUUUUGCCAACAUGUCCAAGAGUCAUCUAUGCAGCAAGUCACCCAAUAAAUAAGUCAGCUCCAUCAAAUCUUUUCCAGCAGCAGAAGCUGCUCUCCAUUGGACUAGACGAGUCAGUGCCCCUGGGGAGAAGACACGUGGAAGAGGAUUUAAUUGAAUCAUUGGAGGCCAAGGAGAACUUUGGCAAUGGCGCGGCCCCUCACAUCCAAGGGGGAGGAGGGGCCAUGCAAGACAUUGACUCUAACAGUGUGUUCCCAGUGCUGGCCUUUAUAGGCACUGGCCUCGUACUGUUGUUUCUGCUCAAUCAGUACUACAGGGGGCGCUCUAAGCCUCGGAGGAAAAAGCCCCGAUUAAAAAAGUUUCCCACAAUGUUGUAUGGGACAAAGGGACCAAGUGUUUAACAGAAGUUACUCCUAGAUGCCAAAGAUAUUCAGAGGAAUCCCAUUAAUCUUCAUAUCAGAUGUAUAUUAUUCCUUCUCUUCAAAUCUUUAAAACAAUAAAGAAAAUAGAUAUUUAGUACCUCUACAAUGGAAAGAAUUUUCUUUUUAUUGUUACAUAAUACAUGUUUAUAACAUUUUGAAGUCUUGAAAAAAGAUGGUCUAUUUAAUAAUUAUGCAUGUUAAAGAGGCUUUAAGUUGUGAAAUUGAUGUUUACCAAUUUUCUAUCAAAAUCAGUUUCAAAGGAAUGUAUAAUAAUGACCAAUGUAAAACUUUAAGUUUGUACAAAAACAAAAAAAUUAGAUGUAAAUAUUACAUUGAAUAGAUACUUUUAUACUGUAAAGAAAUACAUGUACAUAAGGAUUAAGUUUUGAACCCUCUGAGAAAAGCAUGGCUAAUGCCUCUUUUAGUGAUUCUAAUAUAAACCUUAAUGUAGUUAUUAAUUCACCGUUACAAUAGAUUACAUACAGUUAUAUUUUUUGAAAUGUUUGAUACUGAUGGAACUGUUUUGAUCUUGUUUCAAAUCUGUACCUCUGUUACUAUGUUUUAGUGAGUGUGUGCUUGUGCUUGUGUUUGUUCAUGUGUGUGAGAGUGGGUACCUAAUGGUAUAUGUAUCAUUCCAUUGUAGGCUAAGAGUGUGUGGAAAAAAGCAUACAUGUACAUGAGUGAGUCAUUCAAGAAUGUUUGUUUCUAUGAUUAAUUGUUGAAAUAUGGUAUUAAUAGAUAAACUAGUCAAACAUUUUAUAUUACAUGUAUCUGCAUACAAUUUAUACCAUUUACAAUUAUUUAGUAUUCUUGAAAAUAGUGCAUUUUUAUAUCAGCUUAAUUUUUUUUUAUAAUCUUUGUAUAAAUAAUUGCUGGAAUGUGAUUUUGCCAUCAACCAUUUUCAUACUACUUUCAGUCUUUCAUAUUUCCAUGUACAAUGAUACAGUGCACUGAAAUUUAUAC